AUGCUAUCACCAAGCAGCGAGCUCAGCAUGGUCAUUUCCCAGACCGUUUACGCUACAGCAAAGUCCCUCAAAGCGGCAUACAAAUGGACUGUAUCAUGCAAGCCACUUGACUCCAUAUCCAUUCGUUCCACUGUUUCCAGUGCCAAAACCCGAAUCCGCCGCCUAUCAUCACAACGCUUGCGUGCCCAAAAUCUUUCAAAACAGGAGGUAGACGAAGAUGAAACGGUCAUUUCCACUUCUCCUACAGCACUGCCGGGAUGCAAAGAACGUGACUUCGAAUAUACUCGCUCCACAGUUUCCAGUGCCAAAACUCGAAUCCGCCGCCUAUCACCACAGCGCUUACACGUCGGAGAUCUUUCGAAACGGGAGGUAUCCGAAGACGAAACUGCCAACGAUAUAUCUCUUGCCACAUUACCUGAAUGCAAGGUACGCGACUCCGAAGAUAUUCUUUCCACGGUUUCUAGAGCCAAAGCUCAAAUCCGCAGCCUAUCACCACAGUGCUUGUACGCUAAACGUUUGUCGAAACGGGAGUUAGCCGCAGACGGAAGUAGCAAUUCCAAUUCUCCUACCACACAACCCGCAUCACCCAUAACAGCAAAAAAAGUCGUUGAAAAAGCGCCUGAAUUCAUUGAGAAAGGGUCUGAUGCCGUCGAAACCGUUUCUGAUGAUGUUGAAGCUGUUCCUGAAGUCGUCGAAGAGGUGUCUAAAACCGUUGAAGGGGUUCUUAAAGCCGCCGAAGAAGUGUUUGAAGCAGUCGCAGAUGAUCGUGAUCCGUCGGCUCAGUUCUCAAUUAAGUCAGAAAAUGCCCCACUUAACUUUGAGAGACUAAACCUCAUUCCAAGUCCACCGCCCUCACCCACGCCCUCAACCAUUGAUGUUUCGUCUAUCUGGUCAAUUGAAUCCAGCGUCCUCGGCGACACACAAGAUCCCGAAGAUGAGAAGACAGGCGGCCCGAAAACCGCACCAACUGAAACUGAAAAACCCGACUUUCACCUCCAAAUCGCAGAGCAACGCCACGUAGUUGAGAUUGAGGAAUUGAAAGACAAGUAUCGCUCGAAAAUCAAACGCCUUGUUGACAAGAAGGAUGAUUACAUGGCGCAGCUAAAUGAGGUUGUUGAGGACAGAAACGUCCUUAUGAAAAAGAAGAUGGUUUUGGAUGCCAAGUACGCUUCCGCAGUUGCCGCCCGAAACAAGGUGAAACUUCGAAGCUCAGAUCGCUCACCAGCAAGCGCAACUGAAGCCAUGCGGGGCGAAGUGGCAGAGACUGGGCUGCAUCUUGCGAAAGCAAGGGAUAAGAUUAGGUCCUCGGACAAGGAGAUCGUCUUUCUGCGUGGACUGGUCACUGGAUACGAAGCGACUUCCAGCGACAACUCCCAGCUCCACCACGAUCUCCAGCAGUCCCGAGAGGAGUAUCGGAAACUACAAUCCCGAUACUCUAAGCUUGAACAGCGGUCUCUGCUCGCACACGCCAACACUCUCAAAGCUAUUGAGAGUGUAGAAAAGCCGACUGUCCAAAUGGAGUCGGCUGCAAACCUCCGCCGCAUGGCCGAAGAAAGGGAAGCCGCGAAAAUUGAGUGGAAGAAUUUGCUCCUUGGGCGUGUUCGCCAGGAGAAGGCCGGUUUAGCCGGUAACUUCAAGGAGACCCUUGCACGACUUCCCACUCACACACAGAGGGUGAAGCUGACUAUAGAGAUCGCCGAGUUCCUCACCACCACCAUCAGCCGCAAUGUGUGCCUGGAGACGGAGAUGUACAAUCUCCUACCCGGCUGUUGUUGA